AGUGAUUCCAGUGGGUUCCUGCAAUAAGACCCCACCUCUCUUUUUGUUCAAUUUCCAUUUAUUCACUUUGUAUUGUUUUCAUUUUCCAUAAGCCAAACCAAGCACAACCCAGAGGGCCUGCCUGCAGGGACUAGAUUUUGUUGUUGUCUUAUCAGUUUCCUCUGAUAAUUUUUUUACUAAAGAAAAGUAGUGUGUGUGCUAAAUAUAAAGCAAUUGAACUAUCUCUUCUUUAAACAGAUUUCUUCACAGAGAAGUAGUGAAGAAAAAGCUAGAGAUAGAGACAUCCAAGAAAGAUCAAGAGUUGCCCGGAUGAGAUCGAAAGAUUUGAUUUUUAUCUGAGAAAAAGACUGCUCCUUCUUGUUUCUACUUAAAAAUAUAUACUUUGAAAAGAAAGCUUUCAUCUUUUCUCCUCCUCCUUUCUCUCUCGAUUGUGAGCUUUCUGGCUUCCUCUCAAAUACUUUCGAAACCAAGCUCGGCGCCUUUUUCUUCUCUCUUUUUUUUUUUUUUGUUUCUGAUUUCUUCUUGAAGAAAGAUGAUAAUGGUCUGAAAACAAAGUCCUGCAUGGCGAGCCACAGAAUUGGAGAGACGGGUUUGUCUGACUCUGCUCCUUCGUAUCACCAUCACCAUGCCCCUUAUGCUGCAGCUCUUCAUGGAAUGAAUACACAUACCAGUUUCAUUAAUCAAGAGGGAUCUGCUUUUGAUUUUGGAGAGCUAGAAGAAGCAAUUGUGCUGCACGGAGUUAAGAUUAGAAACGAUGAAGCAAAAGCACCUUUAUUCACAGCGCCAGGAAGACCAGCAGCGACUCUGGAGAUGUUCCCUUCUUGGCCAAUGAGGUUCCAGCAAACCCCGAGAGGAAGUUCAAAGUCCGGUGGGGAGAGUACAGACUCAGGAUCAGCACUCAACACUCUUUCAAGCAAGGCUGAGACUCCGCUAGAGCCAGAAUCUCCUGUUAGUAAGAAGGCAUCUUCUUCAGAUCAUCAGGCUUUUGAACAAAAGCAACUCGGGCUUCAACAUCACCAACCAGUAGAGAUGUCAAAUGAUGCUUCAAGGACAGGGCCAUCACAGAAUCAAUCAGCUGCAACACAACCCCAAGAAAAGAGAAAGGGUGCUGGUUCAACCUCAGACAAACCACAAGAUGCUAAGACAUUAAGACGUUUAGCCCAGAAUAGAGAAGCUGCAAGAAAGAGCCGUCUAAGAAAAAAGGCUUAUGUGCAGCAGCUAGAAUCUAGUAGGAUAAAGCUGACUCAAUUAGAACAAGAGCUUCAAAGAGCACGCUCUCAGGGGCUAUUUUUGGGAGGGUGCAGUGCUACAGCUGGAAACAUUAGCUCUGGGGCUGCAAUAUUUGACAUGGAAUAUGCAAGAUGGUUAGAUGAUGAUCUCCGACACAUGUCAGAGCUCCGGACUGGAUUGAAUGCUCAUUUAUCGGAUGGUGAUCUCCGGAUUAUUGUCGAUGGAUACAUUUCACAUUACGAUGAAAUUUUCCGGCUAAAGGGUGUGGCUGCAAAAUCUGAUGUGUUGCACUUGACUACCGGAAUGUGGAUGACGGCAGCUGAGCGUUGCUUCCUCUGGAUGGGCGGGUUUAAACCCUCUGACCUUAUCAAGAUGUUAACAUCACAAUUGGACCCAUUAACAGAACAGCAAGUGAUGGGAAUUUACAGCCUCCAGCACUCUUCACAGCAGGCAGAAGAGGCUCUCUCCCAGGGCCUGGAACAGCUCCAACAGUCUCUUAUCGAAACCAUUGCCGGGGGGCCUGUCAUCGACGGUAUGCAACAAAUGGUUGUUGCUUUGGGCAAGCUUGCAAAUCUUGAAGGCUUCGUUCGCCAGGCUGAUAAUCUAAGGCAGCAAACCCUUCACCGACUACGGCAGAUAUUGACAGUACGACAAGCGGCGCGGUGUUUUCUGGUGAUCGGAGAGUAUUAUGGACGACUACGAGCACUUAGCUCCCUCUGGGCAUCUCGUCCUCGAGAGACGGUGAUGUGCGAUCAAGAGAACUCGUGCCAGACGACCACAGACUUGCAAAUGGUUCAAUCUUCACAGCAUCAUCAUUUCACAAACUAUUGAGCAAAUGCAGAAAGUUAUAACUUAUAAUAGACGGAUAGAUAAAUAGAUAAUUAAAUUAAUGCUGCAGUUCUUCAUUCUUGAUGUAAUAUGUGAGCGAACGAGGCUGUUGGAUAUAUAUAUAUAUAUGUAUAUAUCCAUCUUCAAGCUACGUGCAUUUUAGAAGAGAUAGGAACUUUUUUUUUCUCUUCUGCUAUUUCUGCUUUGAAUAUCUUUAUGUUGUUAUUAAGUUAUCUUGUAAAUGUAUAUCAGUUUUAUUUAUGUGGAUGAAAGGAGGCUUCUACUUGCUUCAA